CAACACAGCCAGUGUCAUAUAAAUAAGUGAUUAGGUAUUUAAUUUACCACCUAACAAUAUAAAUAAAUUAAUUGUAAACUCAAACUUUAAUUUGAUAAAUAAAUGUUUGGAGUGAUGAAUGUUUACGAGAGCAACCUCCAGAAGACGUGGCACGAUGCCAACUGGAUCCCUCACCUGAACCACACAAACGUGCUGGCCUACUUCUCCGAGAGGACCAACCCCUUCUAUGACAAACAGUGCAACAACGAAAUCAUAAAAAUGCAACGCCUCAGUCCAGAUAAACUUCAGGAAAUGACAGGCACCGAAUACAUCCUCUUACACCACCAGGAGCCGAUCUUAUACAUCAUCCGACAGCAGAAUCGACAGUCUCCAACCAUUUCCAUUCCAGUGGCAGAUUUCUACAUCAUAGCGGGUAUCGUCUACCAGGCUCCGGACCUCAGUACCGUCAUCAAUGCAAGAAUUUUGAACGCCGUACACAGUCUCGGAUCUGCUUUUGAAGAAACUCAGAACUUCUCCAAGUACCAUCCGUCUCGAGGUUACUGGUGGGAGUUCAAAGACAAUAAUUCUCAAGUUGAUAAAAACAAGAAGAAAGAGAAGAAGCCAGCGAAGAACAACAUAGGCACAUUAUUUCAACGGGAACGAGUGGACCUUCUCCUCCAAGACUUCUCACAGAGGUUCACCAUCAAGAGGGCUCCUGAGAAAAUCGAGGAACCAAUAAAAGGCGAGAUGAAAAUGGAGCCGGUGAAACAAGAACCAAGCAUUAAUCAAUCAGCCGUCAAUCAACCACCAAUCGCCAACCAAUCAGCAUCGUCCGCGGCAGCAUCAUCAUCAUCGUCAUCGAUGAUGAUAAUGAUGAUGAAUGCUGAUAGAUUGAGCAACAAACCUAACGAUAAAAGAAUGAAGACGACGAGAUGACGAGCCUGAUUCAUUGGCCAAUUAUUUAAUUUAUCAUUAAUUUUUUUAAAUUUAACUUCAGUGGUAUCAGUCAGUGCGUGUGUGUGUGUGUAUAUCAUGCUUUCGACGUGGUGGUUAUUUGUUGUUUUGUUACGUUGUGAACUGACUAGCAUUAACAACAAUCACAUUAAAAUAAUAAAAACAAUGAAAUAAUAAGUCACCAACUCAUACUUAAAUAGAUGAUCGGCAGAGAUUUCCAGCUAUUUUUUCAAUUGUAAUCUCAAAUCUCAAUGUUAAAUUACAAUUUGACAAAA